GCGUUCUAAUAUAGCAUUUAGCAAAAACGUGCGGCUCACGUGAAUGUUCGAAAGGAUACAUUCACGUGAGGCCCUGAACUCAUUUGGUCCAAAUACUUGUACUUGUUGCCACGUGAGUUUACGAUACUUUAAUGUUACUUUCCCCUAUAUUGCAACACAAGCCUUUAACUACAUCCCUAAGUUUUACCAGUUGUGUGAAAUCCUUUCAAGUUAUCAGUAGUCCUGAUGGUUCUUCAUUUGAAAAGAUGUUAGAAUUAAUUAGUCCCAUGAGGCCAGAAAUUAUCAGCAUCGAUAAUGAACAUUUUAGUAAGGCUUUGAGUUUAAAAUUUGAAAACGAGCAGAGCAAACAAAUAAAAAAGGAUGCACCCUCUCUGGACGAUAUUUUACCAAAAGGAAUUAUGGCAUUAGUAAACCAUUUCAGGAAUCUGCGAGAUGUGUCUCUUUCAUUUUCUCUGAUUAGUGACGAUUUGCUGGCGGCUAUGAGCGAUGAACAUGUUCAAUUAGAAACUUUGAGAAUUGAAGUUCAUUCGGAAACAAAAUCACUUCCUUCAGUGAGCGAUAGAGCGUGGCGAUAUUUUUCGAGGCAUUCACCCAACAUCAACUUAGUUUUACAAUUUUAUUUACUAGAGGAAUGUGAUUACAAAUUGAUCCUAAAGCCCUGCGUGCCAGUAACGCAUCUUUUUUUGGGAGAAAGCACGCCGUCGAGUAUAGUGGACGAUGUGGCAAACUUUUGUCCUGCUCUCAAAGAAAUUGUCAUUUCUCAGUAUGGACCGCAUACGAUAGAUGAGACGUUGUUGCUAAUUGCUAAAAAGUGUACUCGAAUUUCUGCAGUUGGACUAGGGGAUUGUGAAAUAACGUGUUCUGCACUUCUGGAUUUUAUCACUUUAUGCUGUGAACGUCUAAAGACUUUUUACAUUUGGGAAACAUCUCUUCAGGAAGAUUCAAAAUUAGAUAUAGACACUGUGUCGGCAAAAAUAUCUAUACUGUUGGGUCGCACUUGGCACCCGGAGUUUGUGCCUUUUUGUUAAAAAAACUGCUGAAAAAUGUAGACUUUAGUUGUUAAUUUGUUAUUUUGGAAAAUUUCUCGAAAGUGCGAAGGCUCAUCAAGGCUGAUUUAUUUUUA